UCAGCAUGAACCGCGGCCACCGGCACGGGCCGGGCGGCGGCUGCCUCGGCACCAUGGAGGUGAAGAGCAAGUUUGGAGCUGAAUUUCGUCGAUUUUCACUGGAAAGGUCAAAGCCUGGUAAAUUCGAGGAGUUCUAUGGAUUACUGCAGCAUGUUCAUAAGAUACCCAACGUUGACGUCUUGGUGGGCUAUGCGGAUGUCCAUGGAGACUUACUGCCUAUAAAUAAUGAUGAUAAUUAUCACAAAGCUGUUUCAACGGCCAAUCCGUUGCUUAGGAUUUUUAUACAAAAAAAGGAAGAAGCAGACUACAGUGCCUUUGGUACAGACACAUUAAUAAAGAAGAAGAAUGUUUUAACCAAUGUUUUGCGUCCUGACAACCAUAGAAAGAAGCCACACAUAGUUAUCAGCAUGCCCCAAGACUUCAGACCUGUGUCUUCUAUCAUAGACGUGGAUAUCCUCCCAGAAACGCAUCGUCGGGUCCGUCUUUACAAAUAUGGCACCGAGAAACCCCUAGGAUUCUACAUUCGGGAUGGCUCCAGUGUCAGGGUGACCCCGCAUGGCUUAGAGAAGGUCCCAGGGAUCUUUAUAUCCAGACUUGUCCCAGGAGGUCUGGCUCAAAGCACAGGACUGUUAGCUGUUAAUGAUGAAGUUCUAGAAGUUAACGGCAUAGAAGUCUCAGGGAAGAGCCUUGAUCAAGUCACAGACAUGAUGAUCGCAAACAGCCGCAACCUCAUCAUUACAGUGAGGCCAGCAAACCAGAGGAACAACGUGGUCAGGAACAGUCGGGCUUCUGGCAGCUCCGGCCAGUCUACUGAUAACAGCCUCCCGGGCUAUCCGCAGCAGACGGAGCCAAGCUUCGAGCCAGGGGAUGAAGACAGUGACGAGGAUGACAUUGUCAUUGAAGGUAACGGAGUGCCGCAGCAGAUUCCGAAAGCCGUCCCUAACGCCGCGAGCCUGGACUCGUUGACACAGAUCGAGCUCAACUUUGAGUCUGGACAGAAUGGUUUUAUUCCUUCAAAUGAAGUGAGCUUGGCGCCCGUAGCGAGUGGCACAAACACAGACUUGGAACCACAUGCUCCGGAUCAAAAACUCUUAGAAGAAGAUGGCACAAUCAUAACACUAUGAAACUGCUGUUUCGAGUGUUUUCUGAGUGGGAAUGCCAGGGGGAACUAGAUUUGGCUAGUUCGAAGCAUACACAUACCUCUGGUCCAGAGACUGGGAAUAGGCAUGCGAAAUAGUGAUGCAAACUUCACAUAUGACCAAAAUAAUAAUUGGAUGAUUGUUCAUGUAAACCUUGGUGGGUCAGAGGUGAUUUUAGUCUAAAUCAAAGGGGCCUUUGCUGAUGGGACGGUGUGCUUUUGCUGCCCUGUCUGGAGAGACCUGGCGUGCGCGCGCUGCCGGGAGUGCCCUCGGGCUGGAGGGCCCUGCUGGGGUGGCGGCAGCUGGCCCGCUGUGCAGAGCUCACUUCAUUUCCCCUUUAACUGCAUUUUGAAAAAUUCAAAUGUGAAAAAGUCUGAUUCGCUUUUGGUACCUGGGAGGCCUCAGUUUUUAUGUUCCCAGUGUUUCGUUUUGAUUUUUGUAGUGGUGUUCCCCUGUUGCUAAUUAUAACAAGUAAUUUUUUCAAAUGCUUUUUUUUCCCUAAUUUCUAAGAAAUCAAACCAGUGUACUAUUUUUAGGGGUUGCUUCCUCUGUUACAAAGCAUUGCUGCUUUGUCCCUGAAUUGUGAAACUUUCUAACGCUUGUUCAGGUUCACCUUUGUCCGUCCUGUGCUGUCACUCCACUCCAGGUAGGCCUGACCUAGCUUAGAAAGGCGGUUCCAGGGACUCUGGCAACAGGGAGACUUUCUCUCUUGACCAAUUUCUUGUCCUUAUUCCCAACCUCAUCGGAGAUCAUUCCUUUUGUUUUGUGUGUGUGUGUGUGUAUGUGUGUGUACUUUGUUGGUGUGCUUUUAUACUCUGCUAAUGUAUUCGAGUAGUGAAUCAUUUUGGAUAAAAAUUGCACCCAAAUUGAGAGAUUUUUUUACACACAGGACAAACUUGUGCACUUUUUGUAUGACAAAUUUGGGUUUUCCUUAAUGGGAUUUCUAGGAAUACUGCCUACACUUUUUGAAAAAGAUGUAGUGUUCACCUUUGACAGGUAGAGUUUAUCACUAUUAACUUUACGAGGCUAUUUAUUGCUUCCCAGUGCGUGUCCACUCAGAGCAGGGUGAGCUGCUGGCUGCGCGUGGUGUGCGGGGCCGAGCCUGCUAGGGAGAGCGUGGGCCCGGUGGCUCUUGGCUAUUCCUCUCACGGUUAUUUAUUAAUUUUAUGGCCGGGCUGGUAUGGAGACCUUGAUGACAAUUGUGUGCUAUUAAAACUAUGAAGAAUCAAAUGACUCCGUUUUGAAGGACAUUUUCUCUAUAUGCUAAGAAUUUAUAAAGAAGUAGAGUCUUGAUUAAAGGAAGAUCACUUGACUCAGAAGACUUAAGUGUAUUUUGUUCACAUUACCACUAAACAUAUUAUCACUAAUCUGUUAACUGCACAUUAUAUAAUACAGUGUACUUUGUUGAAUUCACCCAAGUUCUUCCAUUAUCUACCACUAUUUUAAUGACAUUCCAGCUUUACUUUUAUGAGUUACAUAAUUUAACUCUUGAGUGGCAAAAUAAUGUUAAUAUGUAGAAGGUUAAAUUUCAUUUAUAUUACAGGUGGUACAGGGGUUCAACAUUUUAAGUAAAAAUAGUUUCACAUUACUACCUCUUUCUCUCUCUCUCUCUCUCCAAACAAAGUUUUAGCAUCAGAACUUUUCUCUCGGGGGAAAAAUACUUCAGGGCUUGACUUUUUGUACAAAUUUUUAACUGUGUAAUACAGAUUUAUUUUGUAUGUAUUCAUGACAAGGGAAAUCAAGCUGCUAGGACUUUUAUUUGAAUUACCUGCUAAGGGUAUAUGUCACUGGUGUUUGCAGAUAGAUCUCAGUUAAAUAUUGGUGAAAUAAUUGAUUGCCAGAUGUAUGGCUCUUGGUUAUCAAUAAAAUGUCAGUUCCUCGGAAGUCUGAAUUAUUUCAAGUGUACCUUAUUUUAACACAAAUCCCAGUGGAUUCAGCAUAAAAUUUUAUAGUACUAAAUGUCAAGCCUAACUGUGAAUUUUGUUCUGUAUUUUAAGUAAGAUUAUGAUAAUGUUCUCAUGAGCUAUCAACAAAAUAUAAGUACUUUUGUGAACUAUGAAUUUUCUAAUUAAAUUUUACAUGCAACAUGAUUUUUACAUGAAUGAUACUUUGUUUAAACUAUCAAAUGUCAGUAUUUUACUACAAUUUUAUUAUAAAAUGUACA